AUGCCUGAUGGCGGAUACCUGGAGAGUGGAGGUGUGGGCAUGCAUGAGGGGGUGCACCUGAAUCAAGGGACUGAGCAUAUAAGGGCAGCAUCAGAGAGGGCAGAGUGCGUUGGAGAACGGCAGCGCAAGGACUCUCCAUGGCUGAGAGAGGAAGAGACCAGGAGUGAACUCCAGAGAGUCCAAAGAAAUGAUCUGCAAACAGAGUGCAGGACCAUGCUGGAGGUACCAUGGCAGCAAAGGUGGACCAGCUCUGGGAGCUACAGGACAAGACCUAGUGUGAAAGAGAUGGGCCGUGAGGACCACCCCACAGUCCUGAGGCACAGGCUUGCUGGGGAAGAAAGAGGAGGUUCAUCAAUCGGAGCUCGCCCAGUGCGGAUGAGAGAAGCAUCAAGGCGUGGUGGUGUCCUCGGUGGUGUAAAGCAGACCUUUGUGAGUUUCUCUGUAGCCAGGCACAGGAGUCACUUGGAUAAGCAAGAAGCUAGCGCCAAGGUCGGGAAGGCUGUUAAGCAGCCCGAAGAUGGUAGGGAAGGCAGAUCAUGGCUGUACUCUUCAUGCUCACCAAGGAAACUGAUGUGUGGAUCGUUGGCGAAUAACUCUGAGGUGGUUGAUUUUUGGGGUCACACUGGAGGUGCCAUGGCAGCAAAAGAGGUGGACAAGGUCCAGGAGCUCCAGGACAAGACUUGGUUCCGAAUGCCGAACAGACUGGGAGUGGAGACUCGGGGUCGAUCUGAUGGUGUUCACCUGGAGCCUGGAGUGGUGGGCCUGCGUGAAGAGGUGCAU